ACUACCCCAAACAAUUUCCUUUUCUUUCCUCAAACAAAAAUGGGUCAAUCCCUUAACCUCUUAUACACAAUUUUAGCCCUAACAUUUCUCACUACCCAUGCCCAAAACAACCAAACUCAAUUCCUAGACAUUCACAACGCCAUACGUGCACAAGUUGGCGUACCGCCCCUAACAUGGAACCACACACUAGCCUCAUACGCCCAAGCAUUCGCCGACAAAGUCAAGCAGACGUGCGACAACAUGGCCCAGUCGUACGGACCCUAUGGCGAGAACACCGCCUCGGGAUAUGGGGCAUUUACGAUCGACGACGCCGUGAAUCAAUGGGUGGAGGAGAAACCAAACUAUGAUCAUCAUUUGAAUGAGUGUAGAAAUGGGACUGAUUGUUCACAUUAUACACAAGUUGUAUGGAAAGAAAGCUUGUUUCUUGGUUGUGCUAAUAUACUUUGUGGUGCCGGUUGGCCUUUUGUUGUGUGUGAGUAUUAUCCUCCCGGAAAUGUUCAAGGAAAAUGGCCCUAUUAAUUUGGUGUACUUGUCUUAUCUGGCGUGCAAAUACACAAUAAUUUUUUAUGAUGUACUUUCUCCAUUUUAUAAUACUCGCUACAUUUUAAUAGUAGCACUAUUAACCUUUAAUCUUGUUUCGGUGAUUCCGACUCAUGCAUAACAAAUUAUAUAAUAAUACGAGAUCUUGUUUUAUUCAUGUUUGAAUCUAGUUUUU